UUCAAUGCUUUUAGAUUCCAAUCAAAACACAAAGUCUGGAACUGCUGAUCGGCUAUCACCGCAAGAGCUGCCAUCUCAUGGGGAAUCUAAGAUCAGUACUGACCAGCCAUUCACCAGUCCAGUGAAGGCACGGAAUGUCAACAAGAAGACACCAGUCCUGACAGAAUCCAAACUCUCUAGGUGGAAGAGGCACAAAUCAAAUGAACAGCAAGCAACACAGUCGGAGAGCACUUCACCAGUAAUAGUCUCUGAGAUGGACGCGUCUGUUGUACCCACAAUAGUUAAAACAAGCACUAUAAUUAAAGAUACCACUGAAAAUUUGUCAUCAAAUGCAAAGACUUUAGAAACACCCUCAAGAACUCCACACGUGACAGAGAGUGAACCCCCCACUGUUGUGUCAGCCCCAGCAAUAAAGAGGCAGGCCUCUGAACAACCGGUCACUGAAAGUGUAUCCAAAGAAAAGAAGGCCAAGCUGUCAGUCACGUUGGAUUUGGACGAUGAUCUGCUGAAUCUCAGUGACGAUGAUUUCCAAUUGGAUGAAAAUCAAGACCACGAUGAACUUAUGAAAGAAAUUGAUGAACUUUUGUCAUAGCAUGCUUUACAUUGUUACUGAUGUAUUGGCAUUUUAAUGCAUGUCACAUAAUGAAUGUCUAUACAUUGAUUGGUGAGUUAUUGUAAACAUAUGGUAAAUAAGAAUGUUAUUUUUGUUUAAAAAUGUUAAGUAAACAAACACCAUAUUUAUUUCAAAAGUAUGUACAUGUGUAAAUGAUUGCAUCAAGAAGUGCUUAUGAUGAAUAAAGCUAAAGAAGUCA